GUACAAGAGGAAACGUCAAGGUUGUCCGUUAUGUAAAGCCACCCUGUGACUCCACCUACGGCUAUGGAAAUGCAUGGAUGGCUGAGUGUGAGUGUAUGGAUGUGCAGGUGAGUUGUGAGUUUGAGUGAAUGGGUUUGUGAAAGUGUGAAUUUGCACGAAUGUAUAUUUGUAUGCUUCUGAGUGUUUGUGUAUGAGUAUGUUUGCGUAUGUUUUUUUGAGUGAAUGUGUUUGAGUUUGUCUGCUCCCUGUGUGUAUUUGUGUAUGAUGAUCUGUGUGUGUAUUACUGUGAAUGUAUGAGUAUAAAUAAGUUGCGCAUGUGUAUUUAUGUGUAAUGCUAUGAGUGUGUGUAUGUUGAGUGUAUAUAUGUAUAUAUGUCCAUUUUGUGUGUGAGUUUGGGCGAGUGUGUAUAUAAGUAUAUGGUUGGUUUGUGUGGUAAAUGCGUGUUUGGGUGAGUGUAUAAGUGUGUGCACGUAUGUAGUUGCCCGGGUAAGUGUGUAAUUGCAUACAAGCAAGUUUGUAUUUUUGUGUGAAGUGCUCAUUGUGGUUGUAUUUGUUUUUAUAUGAUUGCAUAAUUUUCUGUGGAAGCAUUGUGUGUGUAGGAGUGUGACUGAGUUUACGACUGUGUAUUUGUGUGUAUGUGUAUUCUUGUUUGUAUGACUGUGAACGUCGUGUGAGGGUGUAAUUGUGAAAAUGCGAGCGUGGUGUUUCGACCUGCACGUUGUGUCAGUGUGUUGUGUGCAUGUGAGUGUAUAUAUUCGUCUGGGCGUGCGGGCGCGCGUGUGAACGGGUGAGUGCUGCCGCCGCGCGCCUGUACCUCCCGGCUUUCCGCCCCAUCGCGGCGCGGAAACAGAGGCAGCAGCCGGCCAGCCCGGCGAGGGAGGGACUGCGCGCGCCUGGGCGAGCGGGCUGCGCCGCCGUCACCGCCGCCGCGCCGACUUUGCCCUUUAAAUCGGUCUCCAAGCCGAUUACAGCUGGUCUCCCACGUGACGUUUUACCUUCUGUUUCCCGGAGCCAGUUGCCCGAGGACAGUCGUCCUCGGGCUGCCGCGCGUCGCGGCGCCCCAGACCGCCGCGGGGCUCCGGCUCCCGCAACUUCGGGCGAAGCGGAGACGGGUCCGGGCGCCCUCUCGGGGCCAUUUUUCCGCGCGGGCGUCGGGGGCUCCCCGGGCUUCGCUCGGCCAGGAGGGCGGCGGUCGCAGCCGAGAACGUGCCCUGGCCGCAGCCGGGAGCCCCUCGGAUCCGCGAGGCGCCACGCCUCGAAGGGCGGCGGGGUGCCCUGCGCUCGGCGUCAGGCAAGGGGGCGCCCUUCGCCAGCCCGGACCGGAGCGGGCGCGCCCUGGGGCGAGUUGGCCGAGAGAUGGCUUCGAGGCAGCGGUGAGCCCCCCGCGCCCUCACCAUGCAGAAGAGCGUGCGCUACAACGAGGGGCACGCCCUGUACCUGGCCUUCCUGGCCCGAAAGGAGGGCACCAAGCGCGGCUUCCUGAGCAAGAAGGCAGCCGAGGCGAGUCGCUGGCACGAGAAGUGGUUCGCUCUCUACCAGAAUGUGCUCUUCUACUUCGAGGGCGAGCAGAGCGGCCGCCCGGCAGGCAUGUAUCUCCUGGAGGGCUGCAGCUGCGAGCGGACUCCCGCGCCGCCCAGGGCCGGGGUCGGGCCGGCCGGCGCCCGGGACGCGCUGGACAAGCAGUAUUACUUUACCGUUCUUUUUGGCCAUGAAGGUCAGAAACCCCUGGAGUUGCGCUGUGAGGAGGAGCAGGAUGGUAAAGAGUGGAUGGAGGCCAUUCACCAAGCCAGUUAUGCAGACAUUUUGAUUGAGAGAGAAGUGUUAAUGCAGAAGUACAUUCAUCUAGUUCAGAUCGUAGAGACGGAAAAAAUUGCAGCUAACCAACUCCGGCAUCAACUUGAAGAUCAAGAUACAGAAAUUGAAAGACUUAAAUCAGAGAUUAUCGCUCUUAAUAAAACCAAGGAACGAAUGAGGCCUUACCAAAGUAAUCAAGAGGAUGAGGAUCCAGAUAUCAAGAAGAUUAAAAAGGUUCAGAGCUUCAUGAGAGGAUGGUUGUGUAGAAGGAAAUGGAAGACCAUUGUGCAGGAUUACAUUUGUUCUCCUCAUGCUGAAAGCAUGAGGAAGAGAAACCAGAUUGUGUUCACCAUGGUUGAAGCUGAGUCGGAGUAUGUUCACCAGCUCUACAUCCUGGUCAAUGGCUUCCUCCGGCCCCUGCGAAUGGCAGCCAGCUCCAAGAAGCCUCCCAUCAGCCAUGAUGAUGUCAGCAGCAUUUUUCUCAACAGUGAAACAAUUAUGUUUCUUCAUGAAAUAUUUCAUCAAGGACUGAAGGCAAGGAUAGCAAACUGGCCUACCUUAAUUUUAGCUGAUCUGUUUGAUAUUUUGCUCCCCAUGUUGAACAUUUAUCAAGAAUUUGUGCGUAAUCACCAGUACAGCCUCCAAGUGCUUGCCAAUUGUAAGCAAAACCGAGAUUUCGACAAACUCUUAAAACAGUACGAAGCCAACCCCGCGUGUGAGGGGAGGAUGCUGGAAACAUUCUUGACCUAUCCAAUGUUCCAGAUCCCCAGGUAUAUCAUCACACUUCACGAACUCCUAGCUCAUACACCCCAUGAGCAUGUGGAAAGGAAAAGUCUGGAGUUUGCUAAGUCAAAAUUAGAGGAACUGUCCAGGAUAAUGCAUGAUGAAGUGAGUGACACUGAAAACAUAAGGAAGAACCUUGCCAUAGAAAGAAUGAUCGUAGAGGGUUGUGAUAUUUUGCUGGACACCAGCCAAACUUUUAUCCGCCAAGGUUCUCUUAUUCAAGUACCUUCUGUUGAGAGGGGGAAACUUAGUAAAGUUCGCCUGGGUUCACUGUCUUUGAAAAAGGAAGGAGAAAGACAGUGCUUCUUAUUUACAAAACACUUUUUAAUUUGUACAAGAAGUUCAGGAGGAAAGCUGCAUCUGCUCAAGACAGGUGGGGUUCUCUCUCUAAUAGAAUGUACUUUGAUUGAGGAGCCCGAUGCAAGUGAUGAUGACUCCAAAGGUUCUGGACAAGUGUUUGGACAUCUAGAUUUUAAAAUAGUAGUGGAGCCUCCUGAUGCUGCCCCAUUCACUGUAGUCCUGUUGGCACCUUCACGUCAGGAGAAAGCUGCCUGGACGAGUGACAUAAGUCAGUGUGUGGACAAUAUACGGUGUAAUGGUUUAAUGACUAUAGUAUUUGAAGAGAAUUCCAAAGUUACUGUGCCACAUAUGAUUAAGUCUGAUGCCCGUCUUCAUAAAGAUGACACCGACAUUUGCUUUAGUAAAACACUCAACUCCUGCAAAGUGCCCCAGAUCCGCUAUGCCAGCGUGGAGCGCCUUCUGGAGCGGCUGACAGACUUGCGGUUUCUUAGUAUUGAUUUCCUCAAUACCUUUCUGCACACCUAUCGUAUUUUCACUACGGCAGCUGUGGUGCUGGCGAAACUUUCCGACAUAUACAAGAGGCCUUUUACCUCCAUCCCCGUCAGGUCAUUAGAAUUGUUUUUUGCUACCAGCCAGAACAGUAGAGGUGAACAUUUGGUAGAUGGCAAAUCCCCACGCCUGUGUCGCAAAUUCUCUUCCCCACCACCACUGGCUGUGUCCAGGACGUCCUCCCCAGUGAGGGCCAGAAAGCUGUCCUUGACUUCUCCAUUGAACUCAAGGAUAGGAGCAUUGGACCUGACCACCUGCUCAGCGUCCAGCAGCCCUACCACCACCCACAGCCCUGCUGCAUCCCCACCGCCGCACACUGGUAAAGUACCGUUGGAUCUUAGCAGAGGCCUUCCUUCUCCAGAACAAAGCCCGGGAUCUGUAGAAGAGCAUGUAGAUAAUCCCCGCGUGGAUCUGUGUAACAAGCUAAAACGAAGUAUUCAAAGAGCUGUCCUAGAGUCUGCACCAGUGGACCGAGCAGGAGUGGAAAGCUCCCCGGUGGCGGACAGCUCAGAACUUUCACCUUGCCGGUCACCCUCAACUCCUCAGCACCUCCGCUAUCGUCAGCCUGUAGGACAGACGGCUGACAACUCUCACUGCUCGGUUUCGCCUGCUUCUGCUUUUGCAAUUGCCACAGCGGCUGCAGGACACGGGAGUCCACCAGGAAAUGGCAUCAUUAUCUACCCAGCUGCGGAGGCCCCAAACAGCGGAUUCAACAACACUGAGAGAACAUGCGACAAAGAGUUUAUUAUUCGGAGAACAGCCACCAAUCGAGUACUGAAUGUCCUCCGUCACUGGGUCUCAAAGCACGCGCAGGAUUUUGAGCUCAACAACGAACUAAAAAUGAAUGUCCUAAAUUUGCUAGAAGAAGUUUUGCGAGACCCAGACCUUCUUCCCCAAGAAAGGAAAGCCACGGCGAAUAUUCUGAGGGCCCUUUCACAAGAUGAUCAGGAUGACAUCCACCUAAAAUUAGAGGAUAUAAUUCAACUGACAGACUGUCCGAAGGCUGAGUGCUUUGAGACCUUGUCAGCCAUGGAGCUGGCUGAGCAGAUCACCCUCCUGGACCACAUCAUUUUCAGAAGCAUUCCCUACGAAGAAUUUCUUGGGCAGGGGUGGAUGAAGCUGGAUAAAAAUGAAAGAACACCUUACAUUAUGAAAACCAGCCAGCACUUCAAUGAUAUGAGCAACCUGGUGGCCUCCCAGAUAAUGAAUUAUGCCGAUAUCAGCUCCCGUGCCAACGCAAUAGAGAAGUGGGUGGCAGUGGCAGACAUUUGCCGAUGCCUGCACAACUACAAUGGCGUGCUGGAGAUCACCUCGGCCUUAAACCGAAGUGCCAUCUAUAGGCUGAAGAAAACCUGGGCCAAGGUGUCCAAGCAGACAAAAGCUCUAAUGGACAAACUUCAGAAGACUGUUUCAUCUGAAGGAAGAUUUAAAAAUCUCAGAGAAACCCUUAAAAACUGUAACCCCCCAGCUGUUCCUUAUCUGGGGAUGUACCUGACAGACCUAGCAUUUAUUGAAGAAGGAACACCAAACUUUACUGAGGAAGGCCUUGUCAAUUUCUCCAAAAUGAGAAUGAUAUCACACAUCAUCAGAGAGAUACGCCAGUUCCAGCAGACUUGCUAUCGAAUAGACCAUCAGUCAAAGGUGACUCAGUACCUGCUUGACAAAGCCCUCAUCAUAGAUGAAGAUACGCUGUAUGAACUGUCACUAAAAAUUGAACCUCGGCUCCCUGCUUGAAGAUCUGGCCUUGCCCCUGACUCCAUAGAAUUCUCAUGGAAAGUGGGACGGACAGAACUGAGCCAUGCAUGCCAUGCCUCCCACCGUGCAGUGUGGACCAGGGAUAGAGACAAAGCCAGUCUCCUUUGUCCACUGAAGAAGAUGGAACCCAACUGGAAUUCUGUCUCCAGCCAGGGAAGCCCAGCUGUUUGGGGUCAAAGACAGAUGCUUCAGACUUGGGUGGGAAGGUGAAAAGACUGAUCCUUAGUAAAGCUGAUGGUACAUUUUUCGUAAGGGAAUGUAAUAUAGGAGAUGCUGGUAGCCAUUGUAAUGAAGCAGGUAAGAAGGUAGAUUUCAGAGUUUGCCCGUGUUCCGUUAGAACUCGGAGACAAAGAUCUGUGGAAAAGGCCUGAGCUGCUUGUCUGGCACUUUACUGGCUUGGGUACAACUACCAACUUUCUCCUAGGGUUUAACUGCUUCUGUUAUGUUUUCUUUAUUAUAAGCUUCCAGAAAAGCUGAGGCUUCCUCUUCAGGGAUGGACCACCACACGAGCAAUUUCAGUGUACAAGCAUGUGCAUGGUUUUCAGUGCAUUCUAAAUAUUUACAUUGGAGGGAUGGCAUGUUCUGAAACUGCUUUUUUUGGUUUUUAGGCAACAGGAUAGGAAAGACGUGAUGAAAGUCAAGUGAAUGCAACUUAAAAAAAAAAAAAACAAAAAACAACUCAAUAGGCUUUGCCCGUGGUUCCUGCCUGGCAGCUGACUUCAGGUGGGGCGGGGCUUCCUCCUGGGGCUGUGGUGCCCAAGAAGCCAGUGCCCUCGGAGAGGCAGGUGCGGAGUUUGCAAAAAGGUGCCUGCACACCUCCCCAAGAACGCUGUGGGGUAGGACAGAGGGCCACCAAACGCUGUAGGGGUUUUAGGCUGAGCAAUCAGAUAUCCUUGAAAAUUAUCACUGCACCUUGCUGUGCUUAUUCCCCACCACCCUCCCCGCAGUAAUGUGGGGACUUUUUCUGAUUUAUACAAACCAUUUUUCGGCUCACUAUGAAUACUGGCUGUGUUUUUAAAACGUUGUUUAAUGGGAUCUUCUUUUUAAAACCCACACUUCUGUGUGCUGUUGGUAGACAGUUCUUCCCCGGUCAUCUUUGUUUUUAACUUUAGGGAUAUUUAUGACUGAAAGUACUGGAAGUGUAUGGGAAAUGGGACCAACCACUCAACAGCUCUUAUAUCAGAAAACUAAGGGCAGGACUUAGUUCUUCUGUCGUGUGCUGGGGAAGUGACCUUACUCUUCCCAGGAUUGUUGGUUGUUGAAGAAAUAGGGCUAUCUCAUGUUUACCUCCCUCUUCUCUUCUCAGGGAGAUCUCUGCUUUAAAAGAAGAAAGAGAAAAAGAUACAGAGUUAUUGUUACCUGAGCCUAUUGCACCUGACAUUUUCUCUUAGAGGCAUGAAGUAUGUUAAUGCUGACCAUGAAAAAACUGAUCUAUCUAGCUGCUUUCCUUCCUUCUUUGCACUUUAAUUUUGUUGUUAUAACUAAUGGCUGACUAAUAAAUUCAACUUGCUGGCUCAUAAGACCCAGUGGAAAUUCUAGCCUUCAUAAUGUACCAUAGAGGUGGAGAAUGUAUAUUUUUCCUGCAUGGUAAGCGCCAUCUCUGUACAUAGCUAUAUAGUGAAAUACCAAGUAAGCAAAAGAAAAUAUUUAUAAUAUUUGAAGACCAUUCCAAAAAUAUUUUCAAUAGCUCAUAU